AUGAGUAAAACACAUCCUCCAGAGUUGAAGAAGUAUAUGGACAAGGAGAUGGAUUUAAAACUCAAUGGAAAUAGGCGCGUGUCAGGUGUCCUUCGCGGCUUCGAUCCAUUUAUGAACAUGGUUAUUGAGGUGAACAUUUCCUUGUUCUUUUUUAACUUUGGUAGUAUGGUCGCUUUAAAAAAUAAAAGUUUAGAAUCUCUCAAAAUCUUGGUUUUUACCAAACCUGGUUCACUUUCAGUGGAAGUCACUGAAUUUGCUGGCGCUAUUUCACUUUCAGUGGAAGUCAUUGAAUUUGCUGGCCCUAUUUCACUUUCAGUGCUUCUAAAUUAUAAAGUUAUGGAUUUUGGUAGAAAUGCUGGGUGA